AUGGAUGGGCUUAGCCAUAUUGGUCUGCCUGUUCUUGGGAUUCUUGCAGUCUCCGUCGUAACCUUCUACGUUGUUAGUUUCGCCGAGAUGAGAGAGAAAUCGUUUAAAGAUUUGUAUGACUCUGAGAAUGGAGAUGGAGCAGGGUUCAAGUCUUCACUAAGUUCAAGAGAGAGAAGAUUGAAAAGAGAUGCAAAUAAAAAACGUCCUCGAUCUUGA